CGCGCGUUGUGUUGAAGUUCAGGUUCUGCACCAACAUGGGCAACGCCGCCGGCAUGCCGUCCUCGCCGGCUUCCGCGGACGCCGCGGCGUCCACGACGCCGACCAUCAAGCUGCUCGUCGCCAAGGAGGCCCAGGUCGUCCUCUUCGCCGAGGCCGGCAAGGACGUCGUCGACUUCCUCGUCGGGCUGCUGGCCAUGCCCGUCGGCGCCGUGGUGAAGCUGCUCGCGGGCGAGAACGCGCUCGCCGGCGUCGCGAACGUGUACGCCAGCGUGCGGAGGAUGGACGCCGCGUACAUGCAGAGCGCCGGGGCGCGCGACGCGCUGCUCAACCCGGCGCCGGCGCACCCCUGCCUCGGCGCCACCGCCGGAGGCUUCCCGUCUCUCGUCCAGCCGCAGCAGCGGCCGCUCGUGUCUCCGUCGUCGCACUCGCCGCCGCCGCCCUGGCACCCGGGCGACCCAUGUCCAUUCUUCGAGCGGCCGAUUCCCAAGCCGUCUCUGAAGGCAGCCGUCCCGCAGUUCGCCACGGGGACCUCGACGUCCGAAACGGGCAGCCGGUGCUCGGCCUGCCACGCCGCCGCGCAGGGUGGCAAAGGGUUCGUGCGGGACAUGGUGAAGUACACCGUCAUGGACGACCUCACCUUCAUGCCCAUGUCGACCAUAUCAAGCAUCGCGUUGCUCGGCAAGCUCGGCGUCGAGGACCUCUCCGCGCUCGAGGAGAAGACGGUCAAGAUCGGCUACCAAGAGGGUUUGGAGAUUCUGAAGGCACCGUUGCAGUCCAAGACCGUCCUGACGGAUGUCUUCCUGAACAGGAAGAAGAGGGCGCGCGCCGGCGACAAGCACCAUAGGUGCGGCGAGAAGAACGUCGACACCCGUGCACCUAUCGAGAAGAAAGACGCCGCCGGCCAGAAUGGGAAUAGCGCGCCGCCGAUGCCACAGAAUUUUUCAGUCUAGCUCCGAUUUAUGUCAAAACAAAAGGAUCUACCGGCACCCCUGUCUUUUCGUUUAGACCUAUGAAGCUAAAAUUUAAAAAUUUCAACUUUAAAAUUGAAAUU